UCUAAGCAAUAGAAGAAUAUCAAUAACGGGCUUCUUUGCAGCACUGAUAUAACCCACGUUCAGCCACAAUCCCACUCCCACUCCACUUUGCUGUUAGAAUGGUGGAUUAGUUUGAAUUGGCAGGGUGAUUUAUUAACUGUUUAUAAAAAAAUCUGAGUGCAUGUGCUAGUUAAAGUGUGAAUGCCUUUCAUUUUUGCUAUAUAUUGUUUUGACUAGAUUUUGCAUGUACUGACUCACCACUACGCUAACAUAUUUUUCAAUUGUUUUCUGUGGACAUUAAUCACUGUUCCAUAAGAAUAGACAAAAAGAGGGUUCAAAAUUGAGCUUACAAUGAAGAAUUUGGCUCUCAUUUCUCACCAAGACAGGGUUCUGAUGACAUGACCCACAAUAAACUGCUGGGUGCACAGACACUAUAUUUGUGUCUCACUUAGGCUAGUCCCUGCCUUUAGGCUAACAAUCUAAUUCCUACUUCAGUUCCUUUGACCUCUCCUAGGUGUAUUUUUUUCACUUGGUUGUGAAAAGCAGUGCAUUUCUGUAUUGCUAAUUGUUACAUGUGAAGCUGAUAACGUGUAACAAAACAUGUAAACUGUUUUGCAUCCUCCCUGUUUUAGUCUGCAAGUUUGUUUCCCUUUUUUGCUGCCCUGUUCAUGGAGCAGCAGGCAUGGCAGUGGCUGAGCAUCAGGGAUCGUGUACCAAGAGGGAGGGCAGGGAGUGCUUCCUAGCAACAGACCACGGUGGCAGCCCUGCAUGGUGCUCCUGCCUGGUCACUGCUCUUCCGCUUCUAUGGUCCUGAUUUAAUGUGUAGAUGGAGCUCCGCAGAGCAGCAGGAGAAAAAAGUGGUGGUCAGCCAAGCACAUGCCGAGGACAGCAUGCGGGCCAAUGGGAAAGGGGCAGGCAGUGCAGAGAGAGGCAAUGCGUGCUGGAUCGGUUCCCAGCUGCAGUGGCUGAUGGGCUAUGUGCUGCCAUGUGGAGGCAAGAUGGAGGCAUAUGGACACUACUCAUGUGUAGUUACCUUGCAAAUGUGUGUACACAGGACACAAGGAACAGAUGUUGUCAUUGUCAAAAAUGGACGGCGAGUAUGUGGCACAGGAGGCUGCCUAGCCAAUGCCCCUUUGCAUCAGAACAAGAGCUAUUUUGAAUUUAAAAUCCAGUCUACAGGAAUCUGGGGUAUUGGAGUUGCAACUCAGAAAGUCAACUUGAAUCAAAUUCCUCUUGGACGUGAUACGAAUAGUUUAGUACUGAGAAGCGAUGGAGCGCUUUACUACAAUAAUGAGGAAAAGAACAGGUUGCCUGCAAACAAUCUUCCACAAGAGGGUGAUGUUGUGGGGAUAACAUAUGAUCAUGUAGAAUUAAAUGUUUAUUUAAAUGGAAAAAAUAUGCACUGUCCUGCCUCAGGAAUCAGAGGAACUGUUUUCCCUGUGGUAUAUGUUGAUGACAGUGCCAUUUUGGAUUGUCAGUUUAGUGAAUUUUAUCAUAUACCUCCAGCAGGUUUUGAAAAGAUACUCUUUGAACAACAGAUCUUCUGAAUGUUUCCACUGAGAAUUAAUUCACUAGCACUUUUUAGCUGUUCUCUCAAAAUUCCCAAAACAAAAAUCUCUAUUUAGUAAAAGAUGUUUAGCUGUAACCAGAGAAGAAUGUUGCAGUUGUUAGAUUUGACUACUAUUUUGUGUUGUGAACAAUAUUUUUAAUUUGAUAUUAAGGGAUACAGUUGACAGUAUUCAAUGAAUGUUGACCCAAGUGAUGCUAUACAAUGCAAUACUUGUGUACACAAAACUGUAUGUUCUGAUGGUUGUUGCAACAUUUUGACUCUUAUGUACAUAUUUCCUAAGUUCUAUGGAUUACAGGUGUCUAUAGCGAUUCACAACUGCAAUAUUGGAAGCUGUUUUUUCUGUUUUUCAUGAGUCAGAGUCCUGUUCAGUGGGUUCUUGCAGUGGAAUUAGGGCAAGCUGAUGAUUGGAAAAAGCCGAGCCCACUGGAAGCUUAUCUUAUGACUGUAGUGUAUAAUUUGUUGGUUGUUAAGGCUAAUGCUAACUCUUAAUCGUAUCUUACAGGGAUCUUCUAUUUACAUGUUUUUUUCUAGAAAAAAUAAACAUCUACUGGCUGUU